AUGUCACCAUCAAACUUCGAACCUGUGUCUCCCAUAGACCUUACUGUCGACUCGCAAACUCGCUCCCAUCGCCCUGGCCGCUUCGACAACGACCCCGACCUGGACGAAAAAUCAGAUAUCAAAGCAACCACUCGCUCGAUCCGGACAAACUCGACGGCUUCCUUUCAGUCUUCCAUCGGUGGCGGCAACAGGCCCGUGAGGCGGGCACGCUUUGCCGAAGCGACGUCUGUCUUCUCGCCCGCCUCAGGCCCUGGCGAGAGUCAAUCACCCUUUGCAGAUCCGCCUGCGACCGGCAAGAUGGAGAACGGCAUUAGUCACAACACAGCCGCCGCGCCAUCAGAUGUCGGAUUCGGCUAUAUCGCAGACAACCAGCCCGUCGAGCAAACAGUCUAUAUUCGAGCUGAUCCUAAUGGCGCCGCGGGCCAGCCUCUCAAGUCCGCUUUGAAAACACCGGGGACCGCGUCCAGAAUGUUGAACCCUCUUUCUCCAACCUUCCGGGAAGAACAGGUCCUUGAGAAGGAGGAAAUGAAGACCGAGAUUCAACAGGCUAAAGAUCUGAAAGUCAAAACCCGUGUACGCAUGGCCAAAAUGGUCCUACGAGGCGUGAACUUCUCCUGUUCCCUGAUCGUACUCGCCAUGCUGUCGACUGUAUUGACAAUUUUCCACGCGACCAGAUCCCUACCGCCGCGGAACAACCUGCCUCCGUGGGCGGCCGGCCAAAAACUCUGGCCACAGAUUGUCGUUUUGUCCAUCGCUUGUGUUUCGCUCCUCUUCUCCAUCAUUGUCAUUUUGGCGUACUGCCGGGGUGGACACAAGCGUGCGGAGAAGGUCGCUGUAUAUUACACCAUGUUUGCGGUGGGAUGGUUCAUGUUCAGCAUUGUCAUGUGGCUCGUCGGUGCGGGCAUCCUGCACGGGAGCAAAGCCAGCGGCAACGGACAGGAUUUGUGGGGUUGGUCCUGCAAGGACAACAAACGCCGCCAACUCUUCGAAGACGACAUCCACUACGCGCUGGUAUGUCGGCUGCAGGACUGGUCCCUGAUUUGUUGCAUCAUUGAAGUUGUUGUCGAGGUGAUCGUCAUCGCCAUCUAUGGUAUUGUCUUCUACAGGUUCUGGAGCAAGAACCGACUCAGGAAAUCCAUGGACGCGCGCGAUCGUGCCAGAAGCGAUCUAUACCUCGCCCAGCUGAGGACCCAAUCUGCACCGAACACUCCGGGCUUCGCUCAGACACCCCGAACUCCUGGUUUCCCAUCCGCGCUCAAGAGCCAACAGGACAUACACUCGGCCGCAGAACAAGGCACGUCACCGAUACAAUUCGCCUCACCGCACAGCAUGACCACUGCGUCACCAUUCAAACUUCAAGCCCCACCUAUCCGAGUAACGAAAGCAACCCCUAUUUCCACCGCGACCGAGGGUAUUAGCUCACCAAGACUGUUCUCCCCGUCAUCACCACCUCCACAACCGCCCAUGUCUCCUCCCCCUGAGGAACGAAUACACGAGCACAUGGGCGCCGCGCCUGGAGAACAACAGUAUGAGUCUGUCCCGAUUCCCGGGGCGAACUAUGUGCCCCCCAGUCACAACCAAGGACAGCCUGGCCAGGCGUUUUGA